UCUAGAUCUGUAACCGGAUAAAAUCUAUUCUGAUCCAAACAUGGCUGAACCGGCUUUCGGGUGCUAAUGCAGCCUUGAUGGUAUAUGUUGCAAAUCGAUCGAGUAGGGAUGUUCCGACUCAGCUAGAUCCAAAACCCGCAAUUCUAUAGAUAUUUAAGUAUUUAAGAUAAGUCUAAUACGAUCCAAAAAUAUUUAGCACAUCUAUCGUAUUAAUUUAUAAUUACUAAAAAGAAUUAGUAUUUGACGUGUUUAUUAUAAAAAUUGCCAUUGAAAUUAACUUAUUUCUUAGUGUCUUCAUUAGAGUUACUUCCUUCAUAUAUGUUACAUAUAUAAUAAGCUAUGAUUUCAGAAAUGUAUGAUGUACCUUUAUUGGAACACGUAUGAUGUACCUAAUCAUAUGCAAUUAUCUUUUUUGUUUUUGUUUUUAUGCUUUUGGGAAUACCCAAAAUAAUUCACCUUUAGUUGUUGAAACAUAUGUAGGGUAUACUUACAUAAAACAUUAUCUUUUUUUUUUGUCACAUAAAACAUUAUCUUUAUUUGUGGCUUAUAUUGGAGUAUGGACUAGAACUGUAUCUAGACGACUAGAUGCGCCAGGUGCGUAAGCUGGUCAUCGAGAUUGAUAGAUAUUUUUGUACAGUUCCAGCCGUCCUUCCAAGAGUUUGUACACGUUAUCCAAAAUGCUUGUGACGUUGUUACUUUACAACGUGGUUCUCGUUGAUGUUUCUUCACCAGUGUCUUUCCCAUGUCUCAAGGAAUUGAGACUUGUAAACAUCAAAUUCCCAGGUGAUGAUGAAUCUGUCAGCAGGCUUCUAUCUAAUGAUGACAAUGUUACCAUUUUCACCGUGAGAGUGCCUUCUCUAAAGAAUUUACAUCUGUGCGAUUCAGCUUUCAAAGAAUGAUGAAUGUGAUAGAUGCUCCUUCUUUGGAGACAUUGGCUUUUCAAAAUUGUACUGCUGGGUUUUGUGUCCUUGAGAACGAAAUGCCUAACAUUGUAAAGGCACAUACUGACCUUUUGUAUAGUCAUUCAUGGAAGAUUCUGGGUUCUAUAACUGCAGUCAAGGUUCUACGUUUAUGUUUAUCAUCCUCAGAGGAUUCAUAUCCUAGUAGUUGUGUCUUCCGCCGUCUUGUAGAUUUUACCCCAUGCAGAUGUGACAAGCAGUGGUUGAACCUACUCAUGCGUGUGCUUAGACAUUCACCCAAAUUACGUACUCUAAAACUUGACCAUUACCAUGGCGCUCAGGCUAAUCAACCGAGCCCAUGUUGGAGUGAACCGAGCUUAGUUCCCGAAUGUUUGUUAUCGAGUCUUGAAACUCUCGAAUGGGAAGAUUAUGAAGGAACAAAAAACGAGAAAGAAGUGGUGAAAUUUAUCUUAUGAAACGGUAGCUGUUUGGAAAAGGUGACUAUCUCCUCUAAACCCACUGACCCCGAGGAGAAACUUGAGAUGAUUAAGGAGUUGGCAUCGUCGUUCAGGCGUUCACCUAUAUGCCAGCUUGUAUUCAACUGAAGCUAUAGUCAGACAUGUCAACUAACAUCGUGUUUUGCCUGAAUCUUAGAUAAGCUAUUAUAACGUUUUUAUGUUUUUCUUUUGUUCUUCCAACUUUAGCUCUUUGAGUUUCAUAUUUUCUUUUCUUUAAGGGUUUUUAGUAA